GACAGACAGAAAGACACAGAGACAGACAGAGACAGAAGAAAAAGGCCCGGGGAUCUGAGUGUCGUGACGGGGCCCCCCCUCCCUCACCAACACCCACCCCCUCUUUACCCGACUUCGCCGCCGCUUGGUCGGGGUUGUCUGGACUCCUGGAAGAAAAAAAAAAAAAGGGGUGAGGGGAGAAGAGAGAGAGGAGAGAGAGGAGAGAGGAGAGGAGAGAGAGAGAGAAAAAAGCGGCGGAGCUAGUCGACUCAAGACUCGGGGUUUCCUGCCACACAGCAGCGGCGGCAGAAAGCAGCGGAGGAGGAUUGUGUCACACAAACAAGCCUUUCAGUCUCCGCGGGGCCUUCUUCUUGUUUCCAGAGUUGUUGAAGGCCUCUGGUCAGCAGCUCCUGGAAAAUGAACUUAUCUGCAUGGAAAUACUGAAGAGAAACCAGAAAACAGGAGCUUGAAUUGACUGAACUUGAAGUGGAAUAAAUGGAUUACCCUCCUUUGGAAAGUUGUUGCCAUGGAACUGGGUAUAAUUAAAUGGUGGUUGACAGAAAAAAAGGAAAGGUAAGACAGCUACAUGGUGAAGAUACAGGAGAGCACCGAGAAGAAUCUGAACGCAGAGUCAAAGAAAGAACAAUUACUAAAUAGGGACCAAAGACUUCCACAGUCCGAAGGAAUGCAUGCGGUAGCAGAAAGCUAAAAAAAAAAAAGAACAAAACAGUAUUUGAAAGACAGUGACCAAGAAAAAAAAAAUCUCCAAAAGUAUUACACUCCAAGCUGAUGAGAAUAUCAAUGGAGUGUUUGCCUCUGGGAGUGUUUAGUGAGGCUCUGUAUUCAGACCUCUUGUUUCGAGUUGCAGUUUUCGUCGUGUACACGUGUGAGUCAGGUCCCGGAAAACUUGCGCACGUCGACGAACCGAAGGAUUGCUGCGACGGAACGCGGUCCCGAUGAGUUUUUCUUCUUCUUCGUCGUCUUCUUUUUUGUUUUUUUGCACAAGAUGCUAUUGGAUCACAACGUAAUUUAAUCCUAACAUAGCUCCGUUUGCUCGAGCUGUGACUAUAGCGGAGCGUAUACAUGUAAAGACAUUUGAAGGGUUGAACGUCUCACGUGGAGGUGGUGGUGUGCGUCAGUCGUCCUUGAUAUCAUUGCCCCAGCUCAGUGCCAAACUGCUUCAUGGAAAUGACUGCACACUUUUAGUCUUGUAUUUUUUCUGCAGUAGAAACCUGCUUCACUACAUAUCUCUUUUUCUUUUUAAAAAUUCAGUUUUUUACGACCGUUUUUUUAAAAACCAUUAACAACCAUAUUAUCAUCAUUGGAGAAAUAAGAUUUUCACCAUUUGGCCUUUUCAUAUAUUGAUAAAAUCAUCAUCUUUUAAACCUCCCUUCCCACUUUCUGCUACACAAAACAGUGAUUAUAACAUCUGUGAUAUAUAUUCCUCAGCUUGAACUCUUUGGUGGAUUUCGAAAGCAUUUCCUUGUUUUACUGCCAGGCCAUAGACUCUCUUUUUGUCAUUUAUGGUUACUGCCGUAAGCCUUCCAGUUUCUGAUCAGAAGCAUUCCCUGGUAUAGACACUGACAGAUAUUUCCGUUUUUAAUCCAAACUUGGAAAAACAAUGCAGAAUUUUUCUAACAGCCCGGCUCCCCCCUCUCUCCCCCCGGGGUUCAGUGGGAGGGGUGGAGGAGGACCUCCGUAUCCCCCUCAGCCAGCAGAUCCCCAGAUCUCCCCGAGGAUGACAGAUGAUUACGCGGCCAUGCAACAGCAGAGCUUGCACCGAGGCCAUCACCACCCGAGUCAGGCCAGCCACAUGCUCGCUUACAGUGCUAGGAACAGAGCAGCUGUGGAGCCGCCGCCAACACAGGGUAACAUUCACAGUGGCAGUGCUAACAACCCUUACAGGAAGGACGUUAUGGAUUAUUAUUUUUCAAUGGGCGGAAAGGACCGGCACAGAAGAGGGGGCAUGGCUUAUGGGGCAGGCUUUGGGUACCCUAAUAUUGAUGGACAUAUACCUCACCAGUACCGGCACGCUGCAUCUGGCUCUGCCUCGUCAUCUGGCCUGAUGUCACCAUAUCCAGUAGACUAUGGCUCCAGUGCUGGUUCGGGUGGAGGUGCUGGUGCUGGUGCCGGAGCCUUCUCUCCUUCUCAUCAGUACAAUAUGAGUCAGAACCCUGCAAUGCAGUCAGUGCCGGGUUCUCAAAUGCAGCACCGCCAGCACGGGCAGACCUUCCCAGCUGUCCACCAUGGGCAGCAGCAUAGAAGCUAUCCACACUCCGGGCACAGAAUGACCCCUCAGUACCCACACUACUCCCCACAGGGUGGAGCGUCCACAGGGUCGUCAGGAAUGUACAGCCCCCCUCCGCAGAGAUAUCUCGACGGGGCUUCUAGCACUGGGUUCGAUCCCAAAGUCAACAGUUCUCCCAGUGUCAACUCCAGCUCAAACUCAGUCUCCAGUUCAGUUGCUGCUAACAAUGUGGGGCCAAUAGAGAAUGUUCAACAGAGUUACCAUGCUUCAAAUUAUCCCGGAUAUUCCCCGCAGACGCAUUCACUCCACAAGCAAGCCACACUACAGCACCGCAACUCACAGCACAAUUUAGGUGUAGGUUAUGACAACUCUCUAAAGAUGCAGCACCAGGGCCCGUCUCCAGGCUCCGUAUAUGCUAAACAUCACCAAGCCUCCAAUCCCAGUAUACCUCAAGCAGCAUCUCAAGAAAUAGCCAAAUCACCGAUGCACCCCAACGCUCAACAAGCCCAGAUUAACCAAAACUUUAGCCCGAUAUCCAACCCCUCUCCAGCUGCCUCUGCAGUGCAUUCCCCCAGUUGUAGCUCAUCCCCUUCCCCUUUGAUGGGUGUCUCAGAGGCACACGGAAACCCCUCAGGUCAUGGUCCUUCACAUCCUCCUACAUCAAAUCCCCGUAGCAACCAUGGUCAGGGUAGAUUACUGCAGACCAUGCCUCAGUUAAGUCCAACACCUAAUUCAAAUAGCAGCAUUAGUAGUUGUGGUAGCAGCGGCAGUCAUAAAGCUCACAGCAUGAGUGCAGUUGGAGGGAGCAGUCUUCCUCCAACAAGCCGAAACAAAAUGGGUCUAGUCACAGGAAUUGGAUCUCGAGAGGAAGGCUCCACUGUUUAUUCAUCUCCGCUUGACAAAAUGCAAGAUACUGGCCUGAAUAGUCUUAAUGCCUUGAGCUCACAAGUAGCCAAUUUACCAAACACAGUUCAGCACAUGCUCCUCACUGACACAGUGCUUUCACAGAAGAAGGGGAAAGAUGGUGGGCAGAUGCAACAGGCGACACAUGGUGUGCCUCCGUCACAACCGAGGAGUCGAAAUGCGAGUGCAGCUUCAAGUACUAGCACGGUUAAAGAUGGAAGUGCCAUGGGGAUUGGAGAUGGUGCCAGCUUAGAUGCUGGUGCUGAUGAAGAUUCCUCAUUGAUGUCAGUCGGAGGCUCAUCAGGGACCAAAGUGGAGCGUGAGGAGCAGUUUUCUGAGGGGGAACACGGGAGGAUGAGGCAGAUGAGCGGUGCGAGCAGCGGAUCAGAACCAACUGGCUAUCACCCUCCCUCUCGGAAUCAAACACAGACUGGAGCAUCAAAUGUUAAAACAGUCGCCUCUGAUUCACAGUCGAAAGAACAGAUUUCCUCCGAAUCAAAAGCAAACGAAGCUCUAGUUCCCUCUUCAUCGUCAUCGCCAUCCUUUGGAUGUCAGUCGUCAGAAACUGGCCCGACUUCACAUUCGACACCCCCAGUUUCCUCACCCCCCUCAUCCACAUCCUCCAGUGUUCCUCCUCCACAGCCAAAUUGUGUCUCGGAGCCCAGUUUAACAUUUAACGACCACAGAGGUGGUCACAGGAAGGCAGCAGAAAUUAAAAAUGAAGUCAUCAAAAGUGAAAGUGAAGGCGCAGCGGAGAAAACAGAGAAGGGCAAUAGCCAAAUGCAACGAGAUGGAGAAGUCAAUACACAGAACGGUCAGGACAAAGAAAAUAGGCUGCACACUGCAUCCAGAUUACACAAUAAUGAGAGGGAAGAAAAGCACACAUCUGACGAACAGCAGAGUGCGAGUAGUGUCGGUGUGAUUGUUUCAGCUCGGUCUGAGGGGGGAAGCCACACUGAAAAAAGCAAGCAUCCCCAAGACAACUGUAUAGAAGAGAAACAGUCACACUCUUACUUAAGAGAGUCGAGCAGUCAUAACGGAGAGGAAGGUGUAGAUCUGAGUUUAUAUUCCUCCCUUCACCAGAAAUCAAAUUUCGGACGGCCUCAGAAUCCUCCCCAGUCUGGACCACAUAAAUACGGCCACCCAGAAUCGACAUAUGGCUCAGAUUUGUCUAUGAAGAACAGAGGGAGAGCUGGCCCAGCAGGGGUAAUGGAAUCAAAUUCCAGAUAUUUGGGGUACCAACAAUCACAAACUGGUUACGGCCCUGUGCAUCCAAAAGAUGCUAGUUCUGUAGCAGAGGCUUUGGUAAAGAGAGGGCAAGGAGCAGGAGCUAAAGGUCACGAGGAUAAUUCACAAAUGCAGCAGUUUCCAAGCCUUUUACAAGAGGUCCUUCAAGGUUACAAUUUAGAUAGACGUUAUGGCAGACCAGAACAGGCAUUUCCUGCCCACCUCCAAGUUCAACAGCAGUUUCAAACCAGACACCCUUAUGGCAUGACUGAGAGUAUGAGGGUGCAGAGUGGAGUGACUGAGGCUUCGGCUCAUUUUGCCCAAAUGGCUGGCUCUGGAAAGCCCACACAUCCAAACCAGAGGCAUGGAAGCGAGCCUGAUUUCACCACAGACCCUCAGUCGUCGGUGAAGUCAGACGCGUCGAAUGCUAAGAUGUCACAAAAUGCCGAAAAGAUUGAAGUGGGCGUGUCCCAGACUCAUUUACCGCAGCCUAUAGAGUCGCAGCAGCCUCCGCCAAAACAUAUAAACUUAGCUGACUAUUCUCUACCACAGAGAAAAGCGUUAUCUAACGUGUCCGCCCCGUCAUCUGCCGUGCAGGAGCUGCUUCUGCAAGAGCCGGAGCCUCUCGCAGGCGGCGUCGGUCAAACCGAGUCUCAAAAAUCAUCAGGCACCAUAUUAGCCCCAUCAGGGCGGCGCUCUGUCAUCUGUGAUGUGUCUCCAAACAGACGCAGCACACCAGAGAGGGACAGGGAAAGUGACAGAGAGAGAGAGAAAAGUCAGAGUGGAGCUUCUGUGAUUCAACAGCCAUUUUCCUCUCCAGCAGCAGCCAAUGAUCUGAGUAAAAAGGAUAGUGGGGAGAAACAAGUGGUGAAAAUGGAAGCGGCAUCAAAAGAGGCCGGCCUAGAGGCUGCAAAUUUACAAACCGAUCAUCAUGGCAGUGGUGGAGCUAACGAGCCUGAUAUGGAGUAUCAUCCCAAAUCUGUUCACUCAUCUGUUGUAAUGAAUGCUGACCCCUAUAGGCGAGGUAACGUUGACAUUACACCCUUGCCUUCUCAUCCUAUGAGCACUAAUCCUUUAGCUUCACCUUCAAGGCAUCAGGCCUAUCUUCACGGUGUUGAUUUGUCAACCGGCAGUGGCAGCAGUUUUCCUGGAUAUAGAUACGGUGACACAAGGGAAGGCAAUAUGGUGCCACGCAGUAACCCCCAUUUUCCCUCCCACCACCCGUACCACAAUUUAUCCCCCCAAACGCAAUCUACAAAUAAGCUUCAGAUGUAUCCUCACCCUCGUGGUCCCCCUCAUCUCCCCCACGACAUGAGCGACUGGGUAAAAGCAAUGAACAGGCCAUCAAAGGAGAUGAUGAUGCAGCCCGGUUCCUCUCCGGGAAGACAUAAGGUCAGCCAAUCAGAACAGAGACAGAGGAUGAUCCCCCAAACCGACAUGCCCGGUGAACAACAUGCAACCAAGCCAUCACUCCAUCAUCAAAGCGCUUACUUUGAUUUGAAAAUGUGGGAGUCGACACACUCCGGAAGAGAAGGAGCAAGAAUGAUAGAGGGAGAACCUUACUACAGGACACAGCCGCCUCCCCCGCCUCCUCCUCCUCUCCCCCCUCCCCAUGCUCCUGCUCCUGUAGCCUCGCACGGACCCGUUCCUCCACAAAUGACUCAUGGCCAAAAUGCAGCUGAACCCGAGGUCUCCAGAGGAGCCACAGAGGACGCCAAACAUCCCGGUCCACCCCCGCCACCCAUCUCCGCUAAGCCUCCUGCUGACUUGAACUCCACUCAGCCGCAGGUGCAGCGUCCAACUAAAGCUGGCAGUUCUGGGGACACAAAUCCGUUAAUAUUGCGUAGGAGAGUGCGUUCUUUCAUUUCUCCUAUUCCUGCCAAGAGGCAACUCCAAGAUGCAUCUCAACAGAGGGCUGCCACAAAUUCACAUCACUCCCCUGGAGCUCAGUCUGAGUCGAGCCAUCACAAUGAAGAUGACUCAUCCAGUUCAGAUAUCCCAUGUCCCCGGCUUUCGUCUCCUCUGCUUGGAGAGAAUAUCUAUUCGCAACCUCUAUCUCCAUCAAGUGGUAAUUCCAAGGUUUUGCCUCCCAGGAAAGGGAGAGGUUUGAAACUGGAGGCAAUAGUGCAGAAAAUCACCCCAAAUAUUAAAAAGCCAGCAGGCCAUGCUGAUGAUGACUCAAAUCAUUACCCAGGCUUCUCUCACUCAGAAAUACCACCGUUUAAUGAUUCACAGGACCAAGACUUAGCACAUUUCCCCAGGGUCACAGGAGGGGAUGAUAGUUACAUGGAUGAAAGUCACUCAUUAAACGACAUGAUUCCCUUCAGAGUAGUCGAUGAGACCGGGCCUUUACCUCCAUCUGCUUACCCAUGUGAUCCUCAUCAGACGUCCCAAGCUUUGAAACAGCAAGACUUUGAUUUUGGAUUAGGAGCCGCCGUGGCAUCAGCAACCGGAGAUAAAGAGGAUUUCGCUUUGCUUGGACCUUUACCCCCUCCUCCACCUCUCCCUCGCCCCGUCCAGGGUUCCCCACCUCCAUCUUCAUCCGCCCUGUCUGACAUUCAGCAUUUCACCAACACUUACCAGCAGCUUGAGACGAGAAGAGGUGAGCAGUCCGCUGCUAAUCUUCUUCGACAGAAACUUCAAGAGUCCGGCAUUGGAUUUGACGAUUAUCCUGGCAGCGACUACUAUGGAACCACCCCACCCCAUCAUAGUCAGGCUCAAGGACACAUGCUGAAUAGACAACAUCAGAUGUCCUCUGGUAGAUCCAGUCUGUCGCCACAAGAUUCUAAGCAGCCAGAGAGUCUUGUGCCUAAAGGCUAUUUCCCAUCUGGCAAGAAGAAGGGCAGGCCUGUAGGGAGUGUGAAUAAACAAAAACGGGCCCAGAACCCAGCUCAACCACAGGCACAGGGCCAGCCUCAAGCCCAGGCCCAACAGAGUACAACUCUGAGUGCUCCUCCAGCCCCACCCACUACAACUAUAGCUGCUGCCACAACCCCACCGAUCGUGCAGAGCGCCAGCAGCACUCCAGACCCGGCAGCACCGCCUCUGACCGACAACAAAAGCGCUCCGCCGCUGGCCCCACCCAUUUUAACCCAGGUAGUGAAAGUGGAUGUCGAGAGCGAGGACACGCAACCGGAGAUCGAGGUCAAACCUGUGCGCAGGAGACGCAGAGGCGUAAAAGACGAAGAUGAGCCACUGGGAGCGAGAGGACGACAGAGGAGGAGAAGGAGAGGAGCGGCAGCAGCGGCGGCGGCAGCUGCUACGUCACCAUCUGUGGCCAAAGAUGACCCAGAUACACUUUUAGGGGCAGGAGGGAGCCUAGGCGGGAAUAGAGUAUUUGUGGAUCCAAAUAGAAAAGGCCCAUUUGUUCCACACAUACACGUGGAAAACAAAAUACCAGAGAUCGGGGCAGUGUGCACCAUUGUAAAUGCUGAGGAGGACAAGAUGAAAGGAGAGCGUAGUGCAGUUGGAGGGAAAGCAGGCAGCAGUGGAAUUGAUUCUCUCCUGACCUCAGCUCUUUCCUCCCAGUUAUCUCGGAGAGACAGAGAAUCAGAGAAAAGGGAGACAGAUGAGGUGGAAACUACACUUCAGUCCGGAAAAGCACUUCCUUCAUCUGGCUAUGUUGUCGCAGGCCCAGUGAUUACAGAAACCAAUCACUCUGGCCGCCUGCUCUGCUGCCUGUGUCAGAAAUGGGCAAAUUACAAACACCUCGGAGAUCUCUAUGGGCCUUUCUAUCCAGCUGAAUAUGCUGCAAAGCUUCCCAAGAACCAGCCCCAGGUCAGACAAUGUCAAGCGACCACAGGCACAAACAAAACGGGACCAAAUUCAGACAUAAGCUCAAACGCUUUGAGCACUGUCCAAGACACACAAACACAAGAUGCUCAGUUUACCAAGCCCUCGACUGAGAGUGACUACAUAAUCAGCCUAGAUUCAACCCCAACAUCUCUUACCACUACAGUCAGAACUGCCUCCAUAGCCAGUAGAGAGGAAAUGAUGAUGAUGCAUGUGGCUGGCAAGCUCAGUAACACCGCCUCCUCAUCCUCCUCCUCCUCCACCCCCAGUAAAACAACAUCUCUAACCUGGGACAUGAAUCUAGACAUACGACCUAUACCGAAACUUAAGCGAGAGCCGGAUGUGGAGAUCGACCAGCAGCAGACGCAAAUACAGACGCAACCGCCGCUGCAGCAGCAGCAGCAGCAGCUGCAGCUGCAGCAGCAGCCAGCAGAAGAAGCUCAACAGCGACCUCAACACAGAAAGCUGACCUCACAUCCCCGCUUCAAAAGGAGGCACAAAUCUAGUGAGGAUUCCCCCAGGAUGGUGCCGUCCAACAGUAAGGCGUCCCUGCCCUUCCAGCCCCCUCCGCCAGCCUUGGACUCCCUGGGACCCCUGGCACAACUCGCCCAGCUGCCUCAGAUGCCCAUGGACCCGGAGGAGCUGUGGGUGCACGAAGGAUGCAUAGUGUGGACCAGUGGAGUGUACCUUGUCAAUGGGAGGCUGUAUGGCCUGCAGGAGGCACUAGAUGGCGCCAGAGAAACAUGCUGCUCGUACUGUGAGAUGGUCGGCUCGACCCUGGGCUGCUACAGUAAAGGCUGUACACUUCGCUACCACUACCUUUGCGCUAUUGAAGCAGAUUGCUCUCUGAACGAAGAUAACUUCUCACUGCGGUGUCCGAAGCACAAGGUAAAGAAAGAGAGUUUACCCAGAAUAUCCGGCCAGCCAAGUCAGUUUACCUGGAGCAGUCAGAGAGAGGCUGAGAGGAACGGAGAAGAAGAAGAGACGCAGGAGUCUGGGAGCUGUUAGUUUGGACAACAGAAGACGACUUUUUGUUUUGUGAAGCAGCCCCAAAUGUGAAAGGACAGGACUGGCAUCUGUGACAGAGAACAACAAAAAGGGAAUGUACAAUUUUUCUCAACGGGAAUCAGCAUUAUUUACAUUUAAGACAAUGUUUUUUUUCUAAGAGAAUUAUUGCUCUUUACUUAAAAGCAGAAAAAGAAAAAAACAUGGACGUGCAACAUAAAGGAACGGAGUUACAAGAAAAACUAAAAAAAAAAAAAAAAAAAAAGUUACCAAGAUUGAAGCAGAAUAAAACGAGACGUCAAGACUGACGGAGGAACUUUUCUGUAAAGAACAAAAGAAACAAACUUCCUCUCUGGGGUUACUUUGAUUUUCCACAAACACCCUGAAAGUGUUAAACUUUUUGUUUGUCAUCAUACCUUUUUUUUUUUUUCUUCUGGUUUUCUUUUGAAUGUUUCGAGGAGGCGUAUCGGGAGCAAACUGGGCAUCAAACCCAGGAAAAAAAAAGAGAGAAUUUUGUAUCCUCUCACAAGUUUUAGUAUCUUAUCUUAUAUUAGGAUGAUCACAAAUAUGAUUUUAGUCCUCAUUAUUAUUUUGUAUCCUCGUCAUUAUUUACUCAUGAAAAUGAAAUGGAUGUAUCUCACUUUAUAUUCAGUCAACACAUGAAUUGGAUUUUCUUUUUUUUCCAUUCCUGGAGAGGGAGGAGCCAGAGUGAUGUCUGGAAUGUCAGGGUCGAGUUUGCCACAAAGACAUUAUUGCCUUGGAGAACGGACAUCUGUUGCCUUUCAAAAGUCACGUGUGUGUGAAUGAGAAGUUGAGUGUGUGUGUGUGUGAGUGAGUGUGAGAGGAAAAAUUGAAAAAAAAAAAAAAGCCGAUUAUCUGGGUCUUUGAUUCCAUUUUUUGGUCCUUUUGAAAAGUGUUCUUAUUUUUCAUCACUGGGGUUUUUACGGUACAGAUAGUAUUCAUGAAAAAUCAGACGGACGCGAUCUUAUUUUUCAAGUACAAAAUGUUCGUAAUGUGCAAAGAGAAAGGGACAGAGCCUUGUAAGAGGAGGAGAUAACACUAUGGACUAAUGUGUGUCCGCCGUCUUCAACCCGCGGGAGAAGAUGAUGCAGAUGGAGAGGACGCUGGAGAGUUUUCAUCCGUGUGUUCGACAUAGGAAGUGACGUUUGACUGACGGUGGGGUGGUGGUCGGCCAUCCUUCGGACGGUGAUGGAACAUUUUUCGAACUGGGAGAGAGGGGGUGUCAUAUGAAGGCUGUGAUUGGCCAACCGUUACUGGCGAACCAUGGGGGAGCAAGCCUUACCAAGUAUUUUAUUUUUUAUUCUUUGAAUGGUUCCAUUCUUCGGUGACACAGCAGCGGCGGCGGCGGCGAUUCGAUCGGGAGAUGCAAAAAUCCAUUCAAGAAAAAGAAGCAUUGCCAUAAAAUUUAAAAGUGAGUCGUACAUGGUGUUGUCUUUAUCAUUUUUUAUUGUUAUUCUUGUAAAAAAAAAAAGAGAAAAAAAAGUCAAGCUGAGAAGAAGAAGACAGUUACACUAUCAAAACCAUGCUGUAUUAGAAACCUGUCAAUAUGUAUAUGAAUUAUGAAUACACUUAAAAAAUGCUUCAAGAA